CUGAAAACAUGUUUCUCAAAUAUCUGUCUCUACUGGUUUGUAUUUGCUUGGUGUUCAGUGUUCAGGUUGAAUCUAAAUCUUCAAAAAGUAAAAAGAACAUUUGUACACUGCCCAAGAAAGUGGGAUUUUGUCCAAAGAAGCAUAAACGCUACUACUAUGACUCAAAAUCUCAACAGUGUCUUGAGUUCACUUACAGUGGUUGUGGUGGAAAUAAAAAUCGAUUUCGCACUAAAGAAGAGUGUGAGAAAGUUUGCAAAAUAUCAUCUUCUACCGGAGGUGCUCAGACCACAGUCAAUCCACAAUCUAUGACGAAAUCUUCAAAGAAAGAUAAACGUACAUAAUGAGAUUUGAUCUGUUAGACUGCAUUGUACUGUCUAAUGGCAUCGUAAAAUAGAUGUAAUCGAUUAUGCUUCCUAAGAUAUCUACUUUUUUUAAUGAAUAGGAGUCUGUAUUGAUAUAAAUACAUUGAUUAGGAU